AUUGAAAAAAUAUUUGCUGUGGCAAGUCUACAGAUAUAAAGAAAUUAUUUGAUGAAAAAAUUAAUUUCGAAUUUUGCUAAUUGGGUAAUAGGGGGCGUGUUUUGAGUUUUUUCUGCCAGUUGGCUGAAAACAGUGGAAAUAUCAAAGUCUGUCUAAUUUGUCGAUUAUAAAAAAAUUUCCGUGGUCAAUCACCAAUUUCCAUCGCACCAGUUACUCGCAAGACUAACCCGUAUAUCAUAUCCGAAUUUCAGUUUCACUACUUGACGCAUUCUUUGAUGCGUCGCGGUCAAACAUUGACAAUUUAACUGCUAAAAGGCUUAAAAAAUCAAUUGUGGUCUUGUCUCAGAUUGGUUAAGUGUAAAGAAGACGCCAUUUUAAUGUGUCUUGUGACAUGACGCGAGAUCAAUGGUGAAAGAGUCUAAUUCCGUAAGGCGCUAGAUUCUGUUCAGUUCCUGGUCUUUUGCAACGACUUUUAUUUGGAUGCUACGGCUGUGCAUGUAAGUAACCGAUGCAGCUGAGCAUGUGAGUAACCGAUGCAGCUGUACAUGUGAGUAACCGAUGCAGCUGAGCAUGUGAGUAACCGAUGCAGCUGUACAUGUGAGUAACCGAUUAUUCUAGGCCUAGCCUAUUCGUGAAACUGAUGUGGAUGAUUAAGAUCAUUUUGGCGGCAAAAUUUAAAUAUGAAAUAUAAAUCGCCCUACUGUAUUAACUUUCCAGUGUAACCCAAUCUGUGUCACCUCAACAUUGUCACUAACAUUGUAACUAAAUAACUUUCUCCGUUAUAUACAGUCACAGUGUAACUCAAUCUGUGUCACUUCAACAUAGUUACCAUGAACCUUGUAACACUAUCUCGUUCCCUAACAUUGUGACUAUAGGUACAUGUAUCUCUGAUAGGCCAAGAACACUGUCAUUCCCAACAGCUGUUGCCAUCAAAAUAUUUCCAGAAGAACGACUUAUACCAUCUGACAUAAUUGCUGUUGCAGUCAAAAUAUUGCCAGAAGAAUGACUUAUACCAUCUAACACUUACCACUUACCACUCACCACUCACCACUUACCACUUACAAUUAAUAUGUAUGUAACACAUUACAUUCAGUUAUGUAGGCUAACAUUUUACAUUGGAAUAAAAGCACCUUUUCAUUUAAAACACUGUUUAAAAAGUAUCCUAUUAUGGAAAUUCGGCUUUUUUAACAUCUAUCUGUUUGGAAUGUCCCCUAUGGGGUCAUGUGAGUGUGAGUGACCCAGCAGAAGAAUGUGGAUCAGUUUUCAGAUCAAGACCAUGGUUUUGACCCGCUGUGAAGUGUCACAAUCUGAUGAACCCAAUCCUUGAAAAGUUGUACAAGUUAGAGUGACUGGCCUAUCCUAGUAUUCAUUUAGAUCAGCUCUUGGCUGUCAUGUCUUUGGAAUGGGUAUUACUGUUUAUUGAAUAAUCAAAUAAAUAAUUUCCAUCUGAUGUGAUGAUUUAUUUGAGUUAAAUUUAAAGAUAGUAUUGACUAUAUGAGGGAUUUUAUGUACAAUAGACCUGCAUUUAGCACUUACUGCUCAGUAUCUACUAUGAAGUGUGAGCUUCCAGUGUUAUAUACAUUUCAAAAUCAUGCUGGCUGUUGUCAUGGUUGUAUUUAAUGCUUAUUGAUUUUGUUUUGAUGUUUGUUGAGUGUGAAUCAUCAUGUGAUGAAGCAAUACUGGGGAAUUUCCAAGCUCUCGGUAUCCGUUUCGAUUGCAACUGUUCCACUAACAACUUAGGAAAUUUCCAAGCUCAUAGUAUCCCUUUCCAUUUCAAUUGUUUCUGCCUUUAGAUGUGACACUUCCUGAUGCCUCAUUUCAUCCCUAAGUUUCUGUUUAAAGAUUUGUCUCUGCUAAAUUAACUAAACCUAUGAAAGUCAUGUCAUUUCAGGAGUCAUCAGAAGUGAAGGACGACAGUGGUUUCCAGUGGUUGAGACUCCUGUGAUGAGUAAGGACGUACACUUGAAGGGUGUUGCGAAAAAUGAAGGGGCGCAGAAUGGAGAUUCAGAAUCGGAAGCAACUCGAGAGAGAACAGCUGUAGUUACAGAAGUGGAAGAGGAUUUGGUGACCAAAGUAGUUACGAGAAAUGACAGCAACCCAGUCAUUCCUAUCGAGGCAGCUGACAUGGCAGCCAGCAAGGUUCAUGUGGAACAUCCUAAUGACAGAGGUAGCAGAAAUGAGAUUGUUUUGAUAGCGACUGAUCCAUCUGAUGACCUAAAGCAACGGUCUAGCCUUCCGAAGGACAUGGGAAGGGAGAGAGGAGUAGGCCCUCCCGAGCAAGCAGAGAAAUGCUGUGCAGGCAAUGAGAAAAAAAGAAAAGAAAAGCAGGGUGUGACUAUCAUUGUGAACUUUGCUGCUAAUGAACUCAAAAGAAAGCCAGUAAAGCCAUACCUUACACAGACCUUCCAAGGAGAGGUGAAGUUCAGGAUGGGUAAAAUAGAGAAGAAGUGUCAUGUGUUUGCUGUCCGAAUUGAAUUGGAGAAUAGAGACUCAGCAUACAAGGCGUUGGUCCUCCUUAGAUCAAGUGAUAGGAACAUGAUUGUUGAUUACAGAAUUGACUUCGAGCUAGAAAAUUGUUCAGACUUGAACUAUGAACUGCAGAUGAAAAGCUUGUCUGACUUGGAGAGGCAUGAUGCAAGAAUUGGUGAGGAAUACAAGAGGUUGCAGUCCAUCAUUCCGGUUGAGGCCACCAUCUUUAGUAAGAAAGAGCUACAGAGUGUUAUGCUUGAGAGGCGAAACAUUGAGCAGAAACUAAUGGAACUGACGAGGCAGAGGGAUGAGUUUGUCAUCUUUAUGGGAUGCAUUAGCAAUCGGUUGAUAGGGCAUGAAACAGUAGGAUGUGCAGAGGCAAAACUCAUAAGACAGUCAUUUGGUGUUGAAUGCUGCCGACUGAAACAAGCAUUACCGAUGUUUGCCAGGCGUGGAGACAUUGUUAACACAGUCAUGUCACAACAGGUAACAAUCGUCCUCGGAGAGACAGGCUCAGGCAAGAGUACACAGAUUGUUCAAUAUCUCUACCAAGCAGGUUUUGCUGGUGAUGGAAAGAUAGCAUGUACUCAGCCACGUAAAGUUGCUGCGGUAAGCUUGACAGAGCGUGUCUCUGAGGAGAUGAAAAGUCGUAUUGGGGAUGUUGUAGGAUAUAAAAGUGGUAACAGGGGAAAGUUCGGUGACCAGACAAAGAUUCUCUACAUGACAGACUACACCUUGUUGACAGAAUUUAUCCAGGAUCCUGAGCUGAGUGAAUAUAACUGUGUAGUUAUUGAUGAAGCACAUGAGCGAAGCCUCUACACUGACAUUGUCCUAGGGAUGCUGAAGAAACUGCUUCUGCGACGAAGAGAGCUACACAUCAUCAUCAGCUCUGCUACAAUGGACACCAAACUGUUUCAAGCGUACUUUGCUGAGUUUGAUGCGAGGGUUUUAGAGAUUUCUGGCAGGACAUUCCCGGUUGAAGUGGUGUGGCCAAGUAGGAACUGGAAGGGAUUGUCCAAGUUCCCAGUUCAAGACACUAUUGCUAAAGUACGGGAGAUCCAUAAGACAGAAGAGGGUGGUGACAUCCUGGUCUUCUUAACCACUCCAGCAGAAACCGAAAAGGCAUGUGAGUUAUUGUCACAAGAUCAAGGAUUGGAAUGCUUGCCUCUACAUGGUAAGUUACAACCACAGGAACAACAGAGGGUCUUCAAACCAGCUACAGCUCAAAAGAGAAAGGUUGUCUUUGCCACAAAUUGUGCAGAGACAUCAAUAACCAUUUCUGGGAUCAAGUAUGUGGUUGAUACUGGCCUAGUAAAGGAAAACAGGUUUGACCCUAUCAGAAAUAUGAAUACCUUGGAUAUCGGAAAAACAAGCAAGAGCUCCGUUGAGCAGAGGAAAGGCCGGGCUGGUAGGAUUGAGGCAGGAAAGUGCUUUCGCCUCUUCACUGAGGAAGAACAUAAAAAGAUGGAAGCCUCGAACAAGCCUGAGAUACUGCGUGUGCAAGUUGGUCAUGCGAUAUUGAGUUUGAUGUCGGCUGGAGUCCCCAAUCCUCUACAGUUUGACUUCGUCCAAUCUCCAGGAAUGGAUGCUCUUGAAGCAGCCAUGGCAGAGUUGGUGUCCAUUGGUGCUGUUGUUGAUGGUAGCCUCACUGACCUGGGCAGGAAGAUAUCAAAGCUCCAGCUAUGUCCUAGGUUAGGGAAGUUGGUGAUUGAAGGGAUAGAGCAGGACAUUGCUAUGGAGGCCAUGGUGGUUGCAUCCGUCUGCACGAUGUCUGGGAGCAUGUUUUUUCGGAUGGGUAGUGAUGAAGAAAAAGAGAAAGCUGACAUCCGGAAGCUUCCAUUCUGUCAUGCUGCAGGUGACCUAUUAACAUGCAUGGACGUGUACCGGGCUUGGAAGGACAUUGAUGAGCGCAGGAAGAACCAGUGGUGUUUUGAGAACUCGAUCAAUGCCAAGGCAAUUAGGAUCAUUAAGGAAACACUAAUGGAAAUGCUCAGAACAUUGGAGAGGGAGCCAGGAAUACAGAUAAAACGUGCAUUCAAGGAGGAUAAAGAAGAGGCAGACAGAAUGAUCCAGAAGUCCAUUUUCUCCUGCUUCAAGUUAAACCUCUGUCGUUUUGGUGGACACCAACGGAUUGGUUACCUGUCCUGUCAAGAAGGAGAACAGGCAGGAGUUCUACAUCCUUCAUCUGCCUUGAGAUUCUUGGACCAGAAACCGAAAUGGUUGGUAUACGACAGCAUAUUGAAAACAUCGCAAAAGUUUAUACUCAAUGUAACAACAGUUGAUGACUCCUGGGUUGCGGAGGCAAUAAAAUCAGGCCUAGUGGACAUUGACCUUCCAAGAAUUGAAGAGAAGAUACUGGCCACAACCAGAAUGGCAGAGUUUGGUUACAUGGUGAUGAAGAAACUGACGGAGAAUAAAUAUGCUGUCUGCAACUCCCUGCAGAAAGAACUGACCACAAAAUUUGACAGUCCAGUUUUCUUAGAAAUACGGAACGCACCAGGUACCUUGGACAUAAUCGCAAAGAAACAGCAUCAUGAGUCGAUUAAAGGCAUCAUUAAGGAAACUGUUGAGCCAGAAAAGAAGUCUAUAAAGAGAAAGGAAAUACCGGGAUCAUUGAAUGGAAUGAGUACCCGAUUUGUGUUUGGGAGCGGUUACCAAGUUAACCUUGUCCUUGGAGAGGGAGAGUACAGGAGUGUGUUGGUGAAGAUGGAUCCCAGCACACAUAGAGAUAUUUCAAAAUUUGAGGUCUUGGAGUACUUUGCAGCAUUUGGAGAAAUCCGGGACCACUUUAUCUUCAAUAGCCAAAAGUCAAACAAGGGACAAUGGAACAUGCAAGACAAAGCAAUACGGUGGGGAAAGAUUACAUUUUCAACGAUGGAUGAGGCCAUGGUGGCUGUAGGAGCAACAGAGGGAGAGACUGUGUUCGCUGUUCCUGAUCUUCAGGGAGGGAAGCCAAGGAAAGACAACCAUGCAGAAUACCUGAUGCGAUUCAAGUACUGCAGACGUCGGUCUAAAGGAAGAGGCUUUGUGAGAUUCAAGAGUCCAGAUGACGCCAUCAGAGCCUGUAGUAACAUUGGGUCAUUCCGAGUACGAGACUCCUACGCUUCACUUAAACAUGAUUUUCAGGAUGAUAACCUUACAAAGGUAUUCAUCGAUAAGAUCGAUCAUGCUGCGGAUGAAAAUGAACUAAAGACAGCAUUGCAUGAUGCACUCGGGUGUCAUAAUGGAUCCAUUGAAGACAUAGUACUUUACAGAGAGAAAUCUUGUGAUUCAAAGCCAACAACUCAAGCUGAAAUCUAUGCAUUCAAGAGAGACAUGAAAGAGGCUAUUGAUGACUUUCUCACACCUGAGAACAGGGAACAGUAUCACAUCAAUAUAAAACCUUUGACAAAGCCUGGUAAUAUCCACUUACUAGGCACCAUCUUCUUCCACACACUCGAAGCCUUUGAAAUGGUUGCACCGCAUCUACCUGAAGGUAAGAAGCUUUGCCUACAUAGGAACAUGGAACGACGAUUUGAGCUGACACACCACAUCACAACAUCCUUUUCUGUUCCAAGGGAGAUGUAUGAUGCGAUAGAAACCUGUUUUGAAGAAGUCAAUUCUAUUCUUCAUGAGUUUGAUCAGCAUGAAAUGGAAGUCCAGUUUGGUGCAUGGCAAGGCAAUAUCAUAAGGAUAUCACUGAGUAGCCAUCAUGCAAGAUCACACAAGCAAGCUAUCAAAUGGUACCAGGAGAUAUUGGAGGGUGAUCAAAUCCCGACACACAGCCCGUUGAUGGAGUUUGUCUUUACAACAGAUGGAGAGAAGGAGAUGAAACACAUAAUGAAGGUUACUGGGGCUUACAUUGCGUUAGACAAACGCAUGAAGACUUUGUCCAUCCACGGCAGUGAACCAGCCAGGGAAAAGGCAAAGAUAGACCUCAAUGGAUUCCUUGAUAAAAUGGAAGACAACAAACCUAAAGUUAUCAAACUUCAGGAUGAGAAGCAGCCAAAAGGUCUAAUGAAGAAGGUUGUCCAGACAUUCGGGUGCGAGUUACAAGAGGUCAAGAGAAUUCCUGGCAUGACUGAGGCAGUCUUUGACAUGAGAAAACGUCUGCUCAAGGUCUGUGGAAAUGACAACGCAUUGGAGACUGUUUGUCAGAGAGUGAAAGAAUUGGCUGACGAGAUUGGUCAAGGUUCCCCUGGAGACGCUGAUGAAGAUGAGAUUGCCUGUUCCGUCUGCUUUGCAGAGUUUGAAGACAAUUUCAAGACGAUGUACCGCCUCCAGGUGUGUGGACAUCCCUACUGUCUUGACUGCAUCAAGCGACAGAUUGAGUAUGCCCGAACCAACAAGGAAUACCCAAUCACGUGUUGUGGUGAAGACUGCCAGGAACCCAUGGCUCUUCAAGAUAUUUGGAAGAUCCACCCCAAACAAGACGAAGCCGUCCAUACCAAACUUCAGAUGGCGUCGCUAGAAGCCUUUGUCAGAAAGAACAGACUAAAGUAUCGGUUCUGCCCAACUCCCAACUGCCAGGGAGUUUAUAAAGUCACUAAAAAUGAGGAUGCCAUAGCUGUUUUCAGAUGUGAGCUCUGCUCAGUUGCCGUCUGCUCGUGUUGCCACAGCCAACACCCGGGGAUUUCAUGCAGAAUUAACAAGAAAUUUAAGGAGGAGGAAGCAUCAGACGAAGCCGUGUUACGAAAAUGGAAAGCCCAGGACCCGAAAAAGCACAAGACAUGUCCGAAAUGCCAUAUUAUGAUCGAGAAAACUGUUGGGUGCAAUCGGAUGGACUGUGACGCCUGUAAAACGACAUUUUGUUGGUUGUGUCUUGAGAUAUUCAGGUCUCACAACGACUGCUAUGAUCAUCUUACGAAAGCCCAUGGAGGAAUAUUUGAAGUGCAUGAACUUUAUCAAGAAUAGAUUAGAGACUUUGGCAUGUACUAGUUUGGACAUGGUGAAACCACUGGAUAUGUACUUAUAAUUUUAGCAAACCCAUGUAGUCUAACCAAGCGAUUUCAUGAGAAAUCAGUGUGAUAACUAUCGUACAACUGUACUUAGAUUUUAUAUUCUGUACAGAAGACAGUAAGGACAAUCUGCUCUGAUGAUCCUAACAAUACGAUGGCAGUUCUCAACAAGAUUUUCUGCUUUCAAAUUUCACAAGAUCGGUUUUGGAAACCCAUCUCCCUCAAAGGGUCAUCAUCAUUUUCUGUUUUCCCUUUUGCUUUUAACUGGUUGCUCAGCUUUAUAUGGAGGCCUUUCAAAUGAAAAGUCUUUGGGACAAGAGACAAAGUGUACAUGGAAUCACAAAACUACUUGCUUUAUUUGUGCACCUGGAUCAAAAGUCUAAAUGACGGCAACUUGUAAAAGCCACACACUUUAUCACUCAACUUUGUUACAUUACCAUUCAAUACUAACUGGUAUACGGAGACACCAACAGAAGGCAUGCAGGAUUGCAUUUUGUCUUUUGGAUCUAAUAGACGGUAUUUAGUCUUUAACCUGAUGGACAGUCUUUCACUUGUAAAUAUAAGUUGCUCAUGCUUGCUCAUGUGAAGAAUGAAAUAAGAACAGAAAAUCAAGUGGACUUGACUGGGAUCCCCGUCACCUGCCUUUUCUGAACUUAUUUCAUAUUCCCUCUGAAUCAGCAGAAGGGUUGGGAGAAAAAACAUCCAAUUGGAUGUAUUAUCAAAGACAGAGCCAAUGAAGUUCUUUGCAGGUGUCGAUCCAGGGGUUGCUAUCCAGCUGUGAUUCUGUGGGUUUAAAAACUACGAUGAAUUCGGGGGAGAUGACAUCGAGGAACACCCUCAACGAUACAAAAUACUGUUAACUCGGAAAUAUUUGCAAUCACCUUAUUUUGCAUUUUUGUGAAAUUGCAACUUUUGCGUACCUUUAAUUUACCUGGUAACGUUUUGACAACCACUGAUUUAGAACAGUGACUUCGAUAAGAUUUCCUUUUUCGUCGCCAUAUGUUUCACGAAAUAUGUACAACACAAAACAAAAAGGCACACAAAUAUUUCUAUGUUUACAGUAGUGACUUCACAGGACAGGUAAAUAUUUGCAUGAUGAUGUGGGAGAAAUUGGACCGAUCAACAAUAAGUUCAUGCAAAUAGAAAUAAAUAUGAAACAAGAAUAAUAAAUAUAAUAA